AUGCCUAUCAAACAAGCAAUUUUUUCCUCCACUGAUGAUGCCUCAGAUUACCUUGCAAACCUUAUAGUUCGCAGGAUCAAUGAUUUCUCCCCAUCGGCUUCCAAGCCAUUUGUUCUCGGACUUCCUACGGGAUCAUCUCCGGAAGGCGUAUACGCUCGGCUUAUUCAAGCUUAUAAGGAUAAGAAAAUUUCUUUCAAAAAUGUGGUGACUUUUAACAUGGAUGAGUAUGUGGGUCUUAAGCCAUCAGACCCUCAAUCAUAUCACUAUUUUAUGUUCAACAAGUUCUUCAAUCAUAUCGAUAUUCCUCGUGAGAACAUAAAUAUUCUCAAUGGACUUGCGGAAGAUGUGGAAAAGGAGUGUAAGGACUACGAAGCCAAAAUUCACAAGUUCCCCAGAAUCAACUUUUUCAUGGGUGGUUUAGGGCCAGAGGGUCAUUUGGCAUUCAAUGAAGCUGGAUCUAAAAGAACUAGUGUUACUAGAGAGGUCACUUUGGUUCAGUCUACCAUUGAUGCCAACUCGAGAUUCUUUGGCAAUGAUCCAUCAAAAGUACCCAAGACUGCCUUAUCAGUUGGAAUCUCCACCAUUUUGGAUAAUACCGAUGAAAUUGCAAUUAUUGUUUUGGGACUGGCAAAACACUUUGCUUUGGAUAAGACUAUAAACGGAAAGAGAAACGAUCCAAAGUACCCAUCGUCUUAUUUACAAGAUCACCAUAAUGUACUCAUUGUUUCAGACACUGGCGCAGCAGGUCUCAAGUCCAAGUUAUAG